GGACCCUUUGUGAAACUGGUCUUAUCAUCCUCAUCUGACAAAGGGCCAGAGGAACUUUUGUUGAUUUCCACACUUUGCAGCAACGGACCAGUAUCAAGUUCUGGUGAAAAAACAUUCUCUUUCCUACCUAUCCUCCCAGGAUCACUGAACCAGCUUUGAACCAGAAGAAAAGAUGUUUGGUUUUCACAAGCCAAAGAUGUACCGAAGUAUAGAGGGCUGCUGUAUAUGCAGAGCCAAGUCCUCCAGCUCCCGGUUCACGGACAGUAAACGUUACGAAAAGGACUUCCAGAGCUGUUUUGGGUUGCAUGAGACUCGCUCAGGAGACAUCUGUAAUGCCUGUGUGCUGCUUGUGAAAAGAUGGAAGAAGUUGCCGGCAGGAUCAAAAAAAAACUGGAAUCACGUGGUAGAUGCAAGAGCAGGCCCUAGUCUAAAGACAACACUGAAACCAAAGAAAGUGAAAACUCUAUCUGGAAACAGGAUGAAAAGCAACCAGAUCAGCAAACUGCAGAAGGAAUUUAAACGCCACAACUCUGAUGCUCACAGCACCACCUCNAGUGCCUCUCCAGCCCAGUCUCCAUGCUACAGUAACCAGUCAGAUGAGGGCUCAGAUACAGAGAUGGCUUCCAGCUCUAAUAGAACUCCGGUUUUUUCCUUCUUAGAUCUUACCUACUGGAAAAGACAGAAAAUAUGUUGUGGGAUCAUCUAUAAGGGCCGUUUUGGGGAAGUCCUCAUCGACACUCAUCUCUUCAAGCCUUGCUGCAGCAGUAAGAAAGCGGCUGCCGAGAAGCCCGAGGAGCAGGGGCCAGCGCCUCUGCCCAUCUCCACUCAGGAGUGGUGACUGAGGUUCAUUUAGAAGGG